CGAAACAAUAUGUCGUCCUGUUAACGCUUCUCUCGAUCCCUCGUUCUUCUCUCCGAUCGAGCUCGAAUCAUGGCCGUCUGCUGCUGCGCCACUUCACCUCAAUUUCCGCAGCUCCACCUCGAACCGACCCGCCGCGCCUCCAUUCUCCGCCCGCUUCGUCGCCGAAGCCCUUCUCUCUCUUUCCGAUGCCGAUCUCUCCUCCCGCCCGCCGCUUCAGUCGGCAGCUCCGCUGCAGACUACCCCCUCUCCGGUGGGCGUGCGGCGGACGAUCCGGGAGGCCAGCCUGCGACGGCGAGGCGACCGCCGCGACGCAGCGUCGCGGGGGUCGAUCAGGGGGAGCUAGUGGAUCACAAAGAGUUAGCCGACGCGGAUAGCUUCUUCUGCGAGUUCAAUGGGGUCGAUCUGCAUCACAGGAUCUGUCAUUGUGAGGAAAUCGAUGAGAAGGUUGGGGUUAAAAUUCCCGUUGUUCUUCUUCACGGUUUCGGGGCGUCGGCCUUCUCGUGGGAUCGAAUAAUGAGGCCUCUGGCGAGGAUGGUGAAGUCCAAGGUCCUCGCUUUUGAUCGCCCUGCCUUCGGCCUCACUUCGAGGACUACUGUGAGUAGGGCUUUGAAUCCCUACUCCAUGACCUUUUCUGUCCUUGCUACGCUCUUCUUCAUAGACCACAUAGCUGCUUCGAAGACAGGAGACAAAGAGAAGAAGGGGUCAAAGGCUAUCCUGAUGGGGCACUCUGCCGGUUGCCUUGUCGCGGUUGAGACAUACUUUGAAGCCCCCGAGAAGGUUGCUGCACUGAUUCUCGUCGCACCGGCUAUAAUUGCUCCAUUAGCACCAAGGAGAAUUGACAAAGAGAAAAUGAGAACUCAGAAGGAAAAUGGACCUUCGAAGAAUCCAUUUAUGAGGUUUUUGAAAGUCGUAGCUAACAUAAGUAUGCAGUUGAUGCGGGUAGCUUUCAAUAUGUUGAAAGCUAUGAGAGAUAUGGUUGGCUCACUGUAUGCCCGUGCCUUGUCGGCAUUCCUGCGAUCCUCACUUGCCUUAAUGCUGGUAAGGAUGAUAAUGGAUAAGUUUGGAGUAUUGGCUAUUCGCAAUGCUUGGUUUGAUCCAAGCAGAAUCACAGAUUAUGUGAUUCAAGGUUAUACAAAGCCACUCAGAGUGAAAGGUUGGGAGAGGGCACUUCUAGAGUACACUUUAGCCUUGCUGACAGAGUCUUCAACAAAACCACCAUUAUCUGAACGACUUGCUCAGAUCUCGUGCCCUGUGUUGAUCGUUACCGGCGACAAUGACCGGCUUGUUCCCGCCUGGAAUGCAGAGCGCCUUUCACGAGUGAUUCCUGGUUCCAGCUUUGAGGUGAUUAAGCACUGUGGGCAUUUGCCUCACGAAGAAAAAGUGGAAGAGUUCCUAGUCAUCGUUGAGAGGUUUCUUCAGAGAGUGUUUGGAGUUGCGGAUUCCCAAUUUGUCCCGGCAGCCGCAUGACUCACCCUGGUAUUCUUGGGGCCAAACAUUUAUCAAAGCAUAAUUUACAACAGUAUAAUUGACACUGUUCAAUGUAUAUAUAAGAACUCAUGAAAUUUUAUCUCCUGUGACGUAAGGCAAAUAAUUUAUAAACAUGAAGAUGAGCAUAA